UAUACUUUCAUUCGAGCAAAGUAACAACAAUCAUCAUUUUUCUUCUACCAAUUAGAAUGACCUUUCUAUCACAAUUUUCACUUCUUUUUCUUUCUCUCUUUUAUGUCUUUACAUUCCAAAACAUUCUUUGCAGCAAUCUCAGUCAACUUCGCUGCAACGAGAAAGACCGACAAAUAUUACAAAUUUUUAAAGAGGGUCUUAUUAAUUCAUCCAACAAUCUCAUUUCAUGGUCUACUCAACAAGACUGUUGUCAAUGGCAAGGAGUUUACUGUGACAAUACCUCAAGCAGAGUAACAAAACUUGAUCUAUCCUAUCAAUCUCUACAAGGUGAAAUCAAGUUAUCUUUGUUGGAACUUCAAUUUCUAUAUCAUUUGAAUUUAAGCUAUAACUACUUUAAUGUUAUUAGCAUUCCACCAAUUCAGAAUGAUGUUAUAUUUAGCUCUAACCUCCAUUACCUUGACUUAUCCCAUACCUAUAUUUCCAUGGAUAAUUUUCAUUGGCUUUCUCAACUUUCUUCGCUCACAUAUCUUGACCUUAGUAAUACAAAUCUUGGUAAUGUUACUGAUGGGCUUCAGUCGUUGGUUAUGCUCCCUUCUUUGUCCGUCUUAAUAUUGAGUUAUUGUGAAUUAAAUAUCACUUCGUCUCUCAAAGAUGUGAAUUUUACUUCACUUGUAACUCUUGAUCUCUCAGGCAACUAUUUCACCUCAAAAUCAUUACAGUGGUUGUUUAAUCUUAGUAGUGGCAUCUCUCAUCUUGACCUUGGUGGAAUUUAUUUAUCUGGGAAUUUCGAUCUUCGAUGGCUUUCUCAACUUCAUUCUGUGAAAUAUCUUAACCUUUAUGGAAUUGAUCUUCACAAAGAAACCAACUGGCUCUUAGCCAUGCCUGCUUCACUAUCAGACCUACACUUGAGCAAUUGUCAACUAACCAACAUAAGUCCAUCUUUAAAGCAUGUGAAUCUUACUUCACUUGUCACUCUUGAUCUUUCUUUCAACAAUUUUAACUCUGAAUUGCCACAUUGGUUGUUUAAUCUCAGUCGUGAUCUCUCUCAUCUUCAUCUUAAAUACUGUAGUUUAUACGGUGAAAUACCUUCAAGUUUGUUCAACUACCAGAAUUUGGAAUACCUUGAUCUAUCGGGCAACAUGUUUUCCGGUUCGAUUCCUUUGAAUUUGGGAAAUCUCACAUAUUUGGUUUCCUUAAAAAUUGACUAUAAUUCCUUUUCUGGUACAAUAACUGACAUGCAUUUUUCCAGGCUCCAUAAUUUAAAAGAGUUGGACUUGAGCAACACAAGGUUUACAUUUCAUUUCAAUCCUGAAUGGAUUCCUCUGUUUCAACUUAAAAUUCUUCAUUUGGAUGAUACAAAUCCAGGUCCUCAAUUUCCAUCAUGGAUAUAUACACAAAAGUCACUUUCUGUUUUAUCCAUGUCUAGCUCAAAAUUGUCAUUUGUAGCAGAGGAAAAGUUUUGUGGCUUAAUAACUGGUAUUGACACUGUUAUCGAUUUAUCCAACAACUCAAUUAGUGGAGAAAUAUCGAACACUUUUCUAAAUUCUUUCCGUAUAAAAUUAGGCCAUAAUAAUUUCACAGGAACACUCCCUCAUUUAUCACCAGAAGUCGGUUAUGUGGAUUUAUCUCAUAACUCUUUCACAGGAUCGGUUCCACAUGCUUGGAAGAAGUUGGAAUAUUUGUUUUUUAUCAGUUUGUGGAAUAAUAAUUUAUUCGGUGAAGUUCUUGAGAUACUCUCAUGUUGGAGGUAUUUGGAAGUUAUAAACCUUGAAAAAAAUGAAUUUUUUGGAGUUAUACCAAACAACAUGUCCAAAUACUUAGAAGUGGUGAUAUUAAGAUCUAAUAAAUUUGAGGGAAGUAUUCCGUCUCAAUUAUUCCUUCUCUCUGCUUUGAUUCAUUUGGAUCUUGCCCACAAUAAGCUUUCAGGAUCAAUUCCUCAGAUUACGUAUAACAUAACAGACAUGAUGGUAGAUAAUUAUUCAACACCUCUACUAGCUGAAGAUGGCAACAUUGAUUUCUAUCAAAAAGGUCAAGUUUAUGAUCGUGAACUUGACUUGGACAGGCGAACUAUUGACCUUUCGGCUAACAAGAUAUCUGGAGAGAUUCCUUCGGAAUUAUUUAGGCUGAUUAGAGUUCAAACAUUGAAUUUAUCUUAUAAUCAUUUGACUGGAACAAUACCAAAGACAAUUGGAGGAAUGAAAAAUCUGGAAUCUCUUGAUCUCUCUAAUAAUAAGCUUUUUGGAGAAAUUCCAGAAAACAUGGCUACCUUGACUUUUCUGAGUUAUUUGAACCUAUCAUGCAACAAUUUUUCUGGACAAAUUCCAAUAGGGACUCAACUUCAAAGUUUUAGUGUAUCAAGCUAUGAUGGGAACCCGGAACUUUGUGGAGAUCCUCUUAAAAAGUGUAGCAUGAAAAAAAUUGAUGUUAAUAGAAUCGAACAGAGAAUGAAGGAAGAUGGUGAAUUUGACGAAGAAUCACUUUAUCUUGGAAUGGGAGUUGGGUUUGCAGUUGGAUUUUGUGGUCUUUUUGGUUCUUUGCUCAGUUUUAGAAAAUGGAGACACAAAUACUAUCGAUUGCUCAAUCGAAUGUACGACCAACUUUAUGUUACUUACAUGCUCAAAUUCAAUAACUUUCUUAACAGAGAAGCACUGCAGUGAGUUCAGAUGUUUGUUUGAAAAUUGUAGUUAAAUAUUUAUCUGGCAUAGGCUCGACGUGUCGGUGAUCUUUGAUAUAUGACAUAAAGUGGAGGAUCAUUCGAAGCUUAGCUCUGGAUUCUGAAUGAUGCCAUGAAGUACCUUGGUCCAACUAUUGUCCACAACCGUUUUGCUGUUCAAUUUCUGAAUUUCCGUUAAUUAUUAGUUCUGUUGUUAUAUGUUUUUAUCAAGAUAACGAGAUUGGGCUUCUUCAAGUACAUCGUUGUGUAGCCUUGUUGAAUAGGUGAUUGGCAAAGCUUAUUUACUUUGUACUAUACGUUAAAUGUUGGAGUAUUUAAUUGGAAUA